AUGGGCAUCAGAGGCUUGUCGAGUGUUAUCGAGGGUGACUGUCUAAAUUUUUCCGUCGUUUCACUGCAUGACACAAUAGUGGUCGUGAGUGCAACCGAAUUUGUAGAAAGUCUGUGGGGUCCAGAGAACCCAACUGAUGGAUAUGGAUUAAGUCCUCUAGAAUUGGCACUGAACUUCAAGCGUGCCCUCAUUAAUUUUCUCGAAUGCGAGAUUCACCCAGUAUUCGUGUUUACUGGACUAAACGAUGCGGCUGAACUGUGCAUUAAGUAUGUAUUUUCUACAAGACAAAGUGCGGGCGCUGCCGCCGCUCUAGCCGUUCUGCUUGACUGUCCAUUAAUUAGCAAUAACUCCGACAACUUUAUAAUUUCGUGCAAUCCUUCACAAGACUCUCAAAAGUUAUGCUCUAGACUGAAGUUCAUACCUAUUUCAGGCUUGCGUCUAUCACCUGUUGAGUUGCCAUCUGAAGCACCCGUCGACUCAAAAGCACGCUACUUUCUCCAGGCCCAUGUAUAUAAUCCCACGGAAUCUGUUUUAAGUCGUCUCACUCCUGUUGCGUGCCGAAUAUUUGGGGUUUUAUUUGGUGACGAGUCUUGCCCCCGUCUCAAAUUGCCUGACGAAGUCGAUAACGCAGAACUCAGUGAUGAUUUCGGUCGUUUCGACUGGAAAAUCAGCAGAGAUGCCCACAAACUGGCCAGGUGGAUUGAAGACAUCGGACCGACCUCUGCUGUUCUGUCUGUUGCAUCUGCCGUUAAGGACGCCGGGCUCAAGUCCCUUAUAUCACGCUGCGUGCCUGAUGCAGUAUCGCGCACUCAGCUAGAUCUGAGGGAAGCCCUUCAACUUGCCGAAAGUUUAGACUUAUCAAUUGCUUCCGAGGAUCCGCAAAUGCUUUCGGCCAUCCGUAAAGGGACCGGUGUUAUUAUCCCGUGCAAUAUGCACUAUUUAAUUGACUUGCCCUCAACUUACAGAAAAUCACAAAUUUUGCGGUUUCUCCACCUCUCUUUCAUCUACUCCUAUGAAUCAGUACUAAUGGGAGUCUCUACGGUUAAUGGAGCCCCCCCUCAUAUUUUUGAAGUUGACAUGAACGCACCAAAGGAUCUGUCAAUUUAUCGCAUUAGCCUCCGGCCUCUCUUGUUACCAACUUCUGUACAGAAUUCGCCAAGAAACUUCGUUUAUGGCCAGUUUGCAUUUUCUCCUUGCCCUCAAAUACCUGAGGGACUAAACGAUUUUGCCCUAUGUUUGGCUGUAUGGCACACGCAAAAACAACAGGAGACUCCUCACAAACAGUGUCUCCGCCAUAGUGAGUGCCCCUUUGUUCUCUCCGCUUGUGUCUGUGCUUUGGCUAGCCAAUUCAACCGAAUCACUGCGUGGAAUGUAACCUUAGCUCAUUACGCUGCGGUUGUGGACUCCUUGGAACAGGAAAUCUCUCCAGUAGAUGCCGGUUCAGACCAAUAUUCUGACAAAGAAAUCCUGCACUCGGUCGCUGAGCUCCAAGAUGUAUAUGCAGAACUGGUUUCUUUGUUGAAUUUCGUGAAAGCCGUCUCUCUGGAAACUUCAAGUGAACCGAAGGAAUUCCCCUCUUCCUUUAAAUGCUAUCCGGAGCACUGGGUUUUCCCGUCGAAUAGGUUGUUCUUUUGGAUUGUUAAGUCUCUUCAUCAGUUGCCCACCGAGUCCCGCGCUCAAACAGCCAUACGCUCGCGUCUGCCAAGACUUUUUGUACCGUCGAAUGGUCCAGAUAUAUCGGAAUCGUGCGUGGCUACAAUAUCGGAUCUUUCUUUCCUGCUUCAGCUUCUCAACUCUACCAAUAUUGUUUUGCCAGAAAUCAGUUGUACCUCGGUCCCAGCAAACCUCAGAAACAUGCAGAAGGACUCUACUAUGUUGUUAUCCGAGAAGCAAGCCCUUGAAACCCUUGCAAACGUGUCGAGUUCGUCGUUUAUCGAAGACAUGCCACGCAAGAUGAACGAAGGCGCAGACUCCGUUGGAACCACCAGCUUUCCCUCUUUCCGAUCCAGGUGUGAAGCUACUGGAGGAUUCCUUCUGACGAGCGAUUCUGCGGAUGACAGCGUAGGAAAUCCUCAGUGGACUCGGCAGUCGGUUGGCAAAGUACCCGCUUCAAGUUGUCCGCAAAAUGACUUUCCAUUACCUGGCGGCGACACUACACGAAAUGCUGAUUUUCAUACGUUCAGAGAAAGUCCUAGUGAUUCAUCUCUUUCCAGGUGGUCACGUGGGGCAACUACUUCGAAAUUUGCCGGGAGUCGUAAUAAGGUUCCCAAUCAAACGAAUGGGUGGAGUGCUGGUGAUUUUUCAGGUAGAGGUGCUUCCUAUUCACUAGAAAACACUGACACCAAUGGCUCUUCUACUAAUUUCAAUUGGGAAUCUAAGCCUGUCGGUGCACUUGCAGAUACUGAUUACAUCAGUUCUGACUUCUCUAAGGCGUCUCAAGAGUGGAUUCGCGCUCCUCAGGAAACCGAUCAGUCAUAUGCCCCAGACCGUCAGUGGAAGGAAUAUGGUCCUCCUUCUGGUUCGGCCCGCCGCCCAGCUGUCAUUGGGGGUGAAUCAUGUGAGGUGCCACCUGCCGACGACUACAACAACUGGAAUCAUUCAUCCUAUGACGCGAGUGAGGGCCGCCCAUCCUACGGACCUCCAAAGCACUCUGCACAGAGUGCGGGCUCCCGUGGAUAUCCAGAGCCUCUAGAAGGGGAAGGAUACUUUCAGCGCUCUUAUUCUCAGCCUUCGGAGUAUCCCCAACCUGGAGUAGGGUCCGGUGAUCAAUUUGACCAUCCUCAUCUAACAAAGGGCUCGGGAAGUUGGGAUGUUCUUUCUGCCCCCAAGUUUGAUUAUACAUACGGAUCGGGUGGAGAAAAUCUGCCCCAAUCAAGUUUUGAUCGGCGGCCUACAAGCAGAGGAGACUCCUAUAAGUCUGACUUUCCCAACGAACUCACUACCUCUUAUACGCCACCAGUUACUCGAGGUAGGGGCAGAGGUGGCCGCAGAGGCAGUGACUAUGCUAGCCGCCUGAGAGCACGUGUUACCCUGCGGUGA